AUGUCAUAUGAGAGGCGUUUUCAGGACCGAGAAGACGCUCGAGAUAGCAAUCAUACUACUCUGAGCUCACGGGAUCCUCACAGAGAUUCUAGGGUCCAAAACACAUCCGAUAAUAGAAGGCGACCUUCGGGCUCUCCACCAUUUGGCGAAGAAGCAAGGAUAGCUAGCUACUAUGACUCGAAGAAUCGGCACAAUAACGAUGGUCAUGGCGGUUUCAGCAGGUAUCCGUCCAGAGGAGGUCAGCAAAAUGGCCCCAGGAGUCAACAUUCUCAGUCAAAGAGAGAGCGUUACAGACGAAAUUUUCUUGAAAAGUCACAUUAUCCAGGUACCCAAGCCGCGAGAGAUCAAAGGAGAGCAAGCGUAGAUGAGAGGACCGCAGGGAACAAGCCGAAAGAACCUAAUCUGGAAGAAGUGGACAAAAAGGACGAAAAAAUGACAGUUGAUAACCAGCAGGCCACAAAUAUGAAGAUAGAGAAAUCCCCGAUAAAAGCUGAUGAAGACGAUGGAGCUAGUGAGCAGCUAAAAGAUCCUUUUGAGAAACCUUCUGGGACCGCCCAGCGACAACCUGACCAGAACACACCUGAGAAACCGGACCCCAGUGUCGACACCUCUGUUCUUUCUUCAGUCACAGAUUCGGUCCCCGACAGUUUCUACAAAACUUUGAUUAGAGGUGAAGAUAACGAACAUACUGAGUAUACCGAUGACUCUGAGGCCGAAACCUUGGCAGCACACUCGCCUCCUCGUAUGAACAGAGGACGACGGCUCGUAAGGCAAAGUGAUAUAAAAGAAGAUGGUGAUGUUUCGGAUGAAGAGAAACCAGAACCAAAAUCCUUUUCAAAGCUGAAACUGCCGGAAACUGCGCUGCGUCCUUAUAAACUUAAAAGGGAUUCGAGCGGAUGCUCGCUUCUUCAAAGAGCUUGUAAGAAAGGUAAUGUCAAAGAUGUGCUUCAGCUUUUGGAGCGAGGAGCUGAUCCCAACGAAGCCGAUUUCUGUGGUUUCACCUGUUUGCAUGAAGCGGCUUUGGCAGGACACACGGAAGUUGCAAAGAUAUUGUUGGAUCACGGAGCAGAUGUCAAUAAACCUGCUUUUGAAGCGGGAGACUUAGAGACACCCUUGAUAGAUGCUUCUGAGAACCAGCAUACGGAAACUGUAAAAUUGCUCUUGAAGUAUGGCGCGGACACAAGGGUGUACAAUAUCGAUGGCUUUACGGCCCUCACCAAAAUUUACAACGACCAUGCUAAUGAAGAGGGUUACGAGGAAAUAAUCAAGCUCUUGGAGGAAGCCAACCACAAAAUUGCAGGAGAAUCAAACACUACGGCAGAUCCUUUGCUUGAUAUAAUGCCUCCAUCUCCGGAUAGUGUUGUCGAAGAUCCUAAUGAUUCUUAUUUUGGAGACCUUCUCAGGAAAAAGAGCGCUUAUAUGUUUAGGCAUGCAGCUGAGGGACACAAGGAAUUAAUAGCCAACUAUCUACUCGAAGGAGGAGACUUGCUGAGUCAACCUGAUAUUUUUAUUGUUGCUGCUCGGAAUGGACACUUGGAGAUGAUCAACAUUAUAAUGGGUUUGGCCACAGACUUUGACAUUGACACUGAAAAUUCCUGUGGAUUGACAGCAUUAUUGGCAUCUGUUGGCCGUGGUCAUCGUGACGUUGUGAGUUUCUUAUUGGCGGAAGGUGCUAAUCCAUUCAGAAAGCGUAAUGAUUCCUUGGAUGCGUUGGAAAUUUCCAGGCGAUCUGCAAACUUUGAUCCCGUCGAGGUUCGCAGCAUCCAGGAGGCUAUGGCUAAGAGACAGCACACAAGUGCUUCGAACGAGAGAGCCAAAGUUGAUGAUAAAAAAGAACCAAAAAUUUCUUCAGCUGCCGUAAAGAACACUGAAGACAAACCUCAACACAAUGAUUCAAGAUCCCAGCACCAAGAUGAGCCCAGAAAGCGGAAGAAUGAUGGUGAAGAGAACCCUGAGGCAAAGCGUCGUAUUAGAAAGGAGAGCAUAGUUUCAGAAACUGCGACUCAAGACCAUGAUGCCAAUCCACUUCGCCAUUCAAGCUCUUACGAGCUGGCGCCCCAAACCCAUGGAAGCGAAUCUCGAGAAUCAACACCCAACCAGCCACAGUCGCCUGUCAACAAGCUAAGCGAGGAGCAGCGGGUUCGCAGCGCAGAAGAGGCACGUAUUUGGCAGGAGAAAGUCGAGGCCAAGAAACGAGCUAGGCGGGAGAUGUUUUUGAAGAUGGAGAAAGAGAAAGAAAAGAAAAGAAGAGAGGAGGAAGAGCGCAAACUUGAGGCUGAAAAGCGCCAGGAAAAGGAACGAAUCGAACGAGAGAAAGAGAUCAAAAGAAAGCAAGAACAAGAAGCAUUGGAGAAGUCCAAAGCAUUAGAAGACGAGGUACAGAAACUUCGCCGUAAGAUUAUCAUUGAAAAUUAUCCUGAGGGGUUGUUGCUGCUCCGUACAAAUCUCAGUGUCUCUGACAGAGUUCGCGAUUAUUCUCCUUUGUAUCUUGUGGAAAAAGAUUCGGUAGUUUACGUUGCUGAUAUCCAAUUGUUUUUGCUUACGGGCGAGCCGGUGACAAAUAUCACAGCAGAACUUCCUGAACACGUGGAAGCAACUGCGGAAGAGAAGGGAGCUUUGUGGGAAAUAAUGUGUGAAUUGAUAGGAGACAGAAACGAAAAGAAUGGAGCUGAAAAGUUUAAGAAUCUUCUUGUACACUUUGUCAAAUUGGAUCUGGCUAGAGCCUGGUGCGAGUUAAGGUAUCCAGAGGUGUAUGAAGAAGUAUGGACUCAUCGUCGUGUUGCCAAAGUGGAUCUCGAAUCAUUUAAGAAGGUCACCAGUGGUAUUCUUCAAACUGUCAUAGCUGAUGAUGUCCAACCAAAGUAUCCAGAAGGCGUCUUCGUUCCUCCUAGUUUAAAGCGCCGUCAAGAUGCCGUUCGUGCCAUCCAAACUGCCGCAAAUCCAUUGUGGUAG